AUGUCACAAGGAGCAUUUAGGAAGUGGCGUAGGUCUAUGACAGAUUGGUUCCAAAUUGGCAGGGUUUCAACUGAAGAUGCUGUGCUAAGCAUUCGUUUGAACUGCGAUGAUCAGUUACAAAGGGCAUUGGACGCUUGUUACACGUCCGAUGAAUGGAAAGCCCUUUCUCUACAUCAGGCAUUGGAUGCCGUCAAAGAAGUAACUCAAAAGUCUGUGAACCGUGCAAUUCUGUGGGAUAAAUUUUUUAGUGCACAGCAAGGGCCUAUGGAACCCGCAAAGACAUAUGUACAUCGGUGUCAGGAAUUGGCUUUAGAUUGUGCUUUCCGCUGCCCUCGGUGCCAAAAGGACAUGAGUGACUAUAUGCUGACUCACAGGUUAGCCAGUGGUUUAAUUAACUGCGGAUUGAAACAAGAAAUACUCCAAGACUACGAAAAAUAUAACAGUGUCGCCAAAAUACUACAGAAGUGUGAAAUAUAUGAGGCAGCUGAAAGGGAUAGUGGGGCCAGCAAAAUUAACCAGAGACUCAUUACUGCCAAGGUGGGGAAAGAAUUGCUGCCCUAUAAUAAUAAUGAAACAGAACAUAGUGAUGUUGCGGCAGUAAAAUCGAACUUUCGUCGACAAAAGGAUAGUAAGCUACUCAUGUCAGGUAAGAGAUGUGAUAAUUGUGGACGCAUUCAUGAGGAAAAUAAAUCUAGCUGCUAUGCAAGUGAGGUGUGUUGCCACAACUGUGGUGUAAAGGGUCAUUUAGCUAGAUAUUGCAGAAAAAAACGUGCGAAUAACAAGGCAGCAGGCAUUGAAGUUGACCAUGAUGACGACACCAUGUCAGUGACGGCAUGCACAUUAGUGCAGCACUGUGGGGUCCAGCAGGUGACAGCAUUGGCGGGAAAGCUACCGCAUGUGCGCGUAAAAGUUGAACAUAAAAUGAGAUGUGAUGUACCAAUGUAUGAAGCAUUUAUUGAUGCUAUUGCCGAUACUGGGGCUGAAGUUUGUAUUAUGGGGGAAAAGGUUUUGCAUCAAUUAGGACUGAACGUGAAACAGUUGCAUUGUUCAAACACCAGGGUUAAUCAUGCAGCCGAAAAACCCAUGAGAGUACUGGGUAGUGUGCGUUGUACAAUAACAUUGGGUAGAAAUAACGCUCUAAACAUAGAGGUGUUAGUACUGUGCGGUGUCUGUAGGCUAUACCUAUCUAUAGAUGUAUGUAAGGGUUUAGGAUUAGUGGAUGCAAACUUUCCCCAUCAUGUUAAGGUAGACGGAAUAUCAGUAAAUAAUAUUGGUAGGGAACGGCCCAAUAGUGUGGAUGCCAAUGACGUCACCAGUGAUGGGAGCAACACCCAUAACGUCAUAGAGUUGCCGUUCUCCCCUCAGGAGGCCAAUGUACCUAAGCUCAAAAGGUGGAUUUUGGAGCGUUUCUCAGGUACGGUAUUCAAUACUAAACGGAAUCCAUUACCGGUAAUGAAGGGAAAGCCACACCAUAUCCACCUUCUCUCUGAUGCAGUCCCAUACGCAUGCCAUACGCCGAUUCCAAUUCCCAAACAUUGGGAGCAAGAGAUGAAAAAACAGCUGGACGACGAUGUAAAACUGGGAAUAAUCCGCCCCGUUCCUACAGGAACUGCAACCGAUUGGUGUGCGCGAAUGGUAGUAGUAGCUAAAAGGAAUGGAAACCCAAGAAGAACAGUGGAUUACCAAAAGCUAAACAAAUAUUGCAAAAGAGAAACUCAUCACACUUUUGCCCCGUUCGACAUGGCAUCCAGUGUACCUGUGCGUUCAUACAAAACUGUAAUAGAUGCCUAUUCUGGUUUCCAUCAAGUGGAAUUAGAUAAGGAAAGUCGGCACCUGACUACCUUCAUAUCCCCAUGGGGUAGGUACCAGUAUUGUAGGACCCCAAUGGGACAUGUCUCUGCCUCAGAUGCGUACUCAAAGCGCUUUGAUGAUGUAAUAGCGGACAUUCCGAGAAUAUCUAAAUGUGUCGAUGAUGUUCUCCUAUAUGAUGAUACUGUGGAAGGAGCGUUUUAUCACACGAUAAGUUUUUUACAAGUAUGUGAAGAGAACGGAGUUACCCUCAAUCCUGAUAAAUUUCAAUUUUGCCAACGUGAGGUAGACUUUGUAGGCUAUGAAUUAGGUUGGGGCAAUUUCAAGCCAGGUGAGGAAAAGUUGUCUGCAAUCAAGAGCUUCCCAAUGCCAAAUCAACCAACCAUCACUGACUUAAGGUCUUGGUUUGGCCUCGUAAACCAAUUGGCACCAUUUGUUGCUACCUCUCAACUAAUGGAGCCCUUUCGAGACCUCCUAAAAAAGUCUACCAGUCGAAAGGUAUACUGGGAUGAAAUGUUACAGAAUGCAUUCGAAAAGACUAAAGAAAUUUUAUGCAAUUUGAUUGGGGAUGGAUUGGCCUAUUACGAUAAAUCUAGGCGAACUGCGGUAAUCACUGACUGGUCGCGUGAUGGGAUGGGAUAUCUGGUGUUACAACAACAUUGCAGUUGCGAAGAGGAUAAAGUCCCAUUUUGUUACAAAGGGGGAUGGAAGCUUGCCCUCUGUGGAAGUAGACAUUUAACCUCGGCAGAAGUCAAUUAUGCAGUCGUUGAAGGAGAGGCUGCUGCCGUGUUAUGGUGCUUUCAGAAAGCUAGAUUAUUCCUACUUGGAUGUCCCAAUAUUAUCCUUGUUACUGACCACCGUCCGCUGGUCAAAGUGUUUGGUGAUAGAGAAUUGAAAGACAUUGCAAAUCCUCGUUUGCUUCAAUUAAAGGAAAAAAACAUUACAAUACAGUUCACAGUGAAAUACAUUCCUGAGAAGAAAAACUCAGCAGCCGAUACUCUUUCAAGAUACCCAGUAAUCAGAAGCCCAAUAAAUGCGAGUGACAGUGAGAUGGGGGAGGAGGUUGAGAGUUCGUGCGUUGCAGCGUUGAUCACGUCGCUGAGUGAUGACGUCAUAACCCUCGACUGGAAUUCUGUUAAAAAAGCUGCUGAAAGCGAUGUGGAAUAUCAGCUGCUAAAGAGUAUGGUAGCCGCAGGUUGUUGGCCGGUAUCAAGAAAUCUAGUCUACUCCAGCAUAAAGCUGUAUUUUAACGUACGGGACCGACUUGGCAUCGUGGACGAACUGGUUGUGUAUUCAUGA